AUGGACGACGACGAUGGAUCCUCGGUGGAAAGGAAUAGCGAAAAUGGUUCACAUCGUAAGUCAGAAAUGGCAAGAUGUUUCAAACUCAUUAAGCCGGAGCCCAUCGAUGACUAUGAAGACGACAGUGGCUCGGCACCACCGUCGCCACGUGUGAAGCAUAAGCGCCAAUGCGCUGAAGUUGCAAUGAAAAAGAUUAAGCUGGACAUCCAACCUGCCCAGUUCGAUGCUGCCAAGGAUAGGAAGAAUGGUGUGGAUUCACGUGAAGGAUCGUGUGAUCGAAGUGACUGUGCUCUUCAGAAGUCAUGUUCUUUGUCCAUUAAUCCAAACUGUCUUAAAACCCUGACAGAUGCGUGUGGAAAGAAUUUUUACCAUAUCACAAAAGGCGAGCAUGUUUGUGGAAUAUGCUAUGAUGAUAUCUGGAAAUAUGGCCAUACGUACUGUCAGCAUUUCGCCGAUUGGAAAGUGGUUUGGUGCAAAAUGAGUCGUUGCUUUCCCACUCCGAGAUUCUACGUUCAGGAUCAAUUACUACCAUAUUGGUUAGAAUGCUCACAUUGUCAUAAAUUUCGAAAAUUUGAUUCGGAGCCAACCGUUGUGAUUACAACUGCUGAUAUCGAAGAAUUCCGUUGUUUUGACUGCAAUAUACCUGAGGAUAAGUUUGCUACUGAUGCUCGUCAUCCCAACUGGAUUCUAUCCGCAUCUGCUGCUCCUUUAUUGCACAAUUCACCUUCGCUAUACUAUCUACGAGACCACUACUAUCUGGACGAAGUGGGCUUAAGUCCAGCUGUUGCCAACUACACAGGAGAGGAGAAGCUUCCGUCUUCGUCGUUCAUGGCACCGUUCCAUAUACCUGAGGAACCGAUGGCAUUCUGCGUUCGCCCAGAUGUAAUGGAACAUGAUGAAUUGGAAUACCUCACAUUUGAUCAUUGUAAAAAGCACCUCAUCUCACGUGGAUUGUGUCGAGUUUGGCAGACUCAGGAAUUGAAGAAGAUUUACGAGUAUUUGAAUGUGAAAUCCAUAGUCAAUAUUGGUCUUCUCACGAUUGAUACACCACUCUCAUGUAGAACGAGACGUUCCGCCAAUGUGAUCAUAAUUGGCGCGGGAAUCAGUGGUCUGGCGGCUGCCCGUCAAUUGCAAGCUCUUGGAACAAAAGUAACACUUCUGGAAGCAAAAGAUCGACCUGGUGGCAGAAUGCAGGAUGAUCUGAGUUUGGGAAUUCCAGUAGGAUGUGGUGCGCAAUUGAUUACUGGUAUAAUGAACAACCCUAUUGUGGUCAUGUGUCAUCAGGCGAACAUCCCUUAUCGUCCUCUCCACCGUGAAUGUGCUAUGAUGGAUUCGGCUACAGGAAAAGUGAUGAAUCACAAAGCUGAUCGGAUCGCUGAUGAACACUGGAAUUGCAUUCAUGACAUUCUUGGCCAUUGGCGCAUGCAAACAAAAGGCCCCGAUCAUAGCCUUAUGGGUAGUGACGAAAUGGUAAUGCCGCGACGUCCUGAGCAGCGGAGAAAGAGGAGUGGAGGCGGUAUUUUUGGGUCGUUAAAUCUCAACAGAUUUCUCGGAGCUCCUGGAGCUUCAACAUUUGACCUGCUCAUGGUUGCCAUUGCGUCAAUAAUUUCAACGAUCCUGGUUUCAACCACAGUCAAAUACACACAGCUAGAAGUAUCCAAUGAUGGAACAGUUGAGAUCGAUCUACUGGCAGUUACUGAUCUUGAUCAUGACAGCAAGGUCUCCAGCAAAAAGUGGACCAGUUAUGCAAAGCGCGGUGUUUUGAGAAUUAGUCCUGAUCAUAGCAAAGCAUAUCCUUGGAUUUUCUUGAAUGAUGGACCUGGGAACUCUACUAAAGGGCUGAAGGUCGAAUGGUUAACUGUGAAAGAUGAGCAUCUUUAUGCUGGAGGUUUGGGAAAGGAAUGGACAACUACUGAUGGUGAAUACGUCAAUGACAAUCCCUUCUGGAUAAAAGUAAUAUCCCGUAGAGGUGAAAUCAGACACGUGAACUGGCGCGACGUCUUCAUCAAGGUCCGACGUGCUGCAGGAAUUGAGUAUCCUGGAUACAUGAUCCAUGAAGCUGUGCAGUGGUCCGAUACGCACCAAAAAUGGUUCUUCCUUCCAAGGAGAGCUUCACAUAAAAAAUACACAGAAGCAGAAGAUGAAACUAGAGGCACCAAUCUGUUGAUUAUCGGCGACCCUUCGUUGUCAUCCUUCCAAGUGGUUCAUGUAGGUGAACUCACCCACCCAGCUCGUGGCUUUUCGGCAUUGCAGUUCAUUCCUGACACAGGCGAUAACCUCAUCAUUGCUUUGAAGUCCGAAGAGAAAGACGGAAAGCCGGUUGCCAGCUACGUAACUAUAUUUGACAUUAAUGGAAAGAUACUACUACCUGAUACCUCUCUGCAUGACCCUCACAAGUUUGAAGGCAUUGCCUUCGUUUGA